GGGUGUUUCUCAAGCUGCGUUUAAUGCGGUUUCAACUGCCGUACCGAUCAGUUCGAUCGAUCGUUUCCACACUUGAGUUUUUGACACCUCGCGAUCCACCCCAAAAAAAGAUGCCCCAGUCGAGUUUCUUUGCCAAGAGCGUGCCCUUCGAGCAGAUCGACAAGCUGGCCAUCAGUGGCGGCUACUCCUCGAUCUUCGCGAGCAGUGAGCCCGCGGUUCCGGUGGUCGGCAACUGGGAGCAGCGCUUCUGUCGCCUGGCGGACACCUUUCAGCCGGUCCUGGAUCGCGUCUACGACUUCGAGGUUCGCGAGGAUGAUGUGUGGAUUGUUACCCUGCCGAAGUGCGGCACUACCUGGAUGCAGGAGCUGGCCUGGUUGGUGGUUAAUCAGUGUGAUUUCGAGACGGCCAAGAGCGUGGAUCUGACGCUGAGAUCGCCUUUCCUGGAAUUCAAUGGAGUGGUUCCCAAUGUUCCACAUGACACCAUCGCCGCAGCCAAUGCCCUGCCCUCGCCGCGACUCAUCAAGUCCCAUCUGCCCGCCUGGAUGCUGCCCAGACAAAUCUGGAGCAAGCGGCCCAAGAUCAUCUAUGUGUAUCGCAAUCCCAAGGAUGCCGCCAUCUCGUACUUUCACCACUGGCGCGGAAUGGUGGGCUACCAGGGCACCAAGUCGGACUUCAUGCACUCCUUCAUCGAUGGCUAUGUGAACUUCACGCCCUGCUGGCCGCAUGUCCUCGACUUCUGGCAGCUGCGCCACGAGCCGAACAUAUUCUUCACCAGCUACGAGCGAAUGAAGGGUCAGUUGGGUGCGGUCAUCGCGGAGGUGGCUCAGUUCCUCAAUCGGAAGGUCGGCCCGGAGCAGAUUGAGCAAAUGCAGCGACACCUAUCCUUCGAGAGCAUGCGCGAUAAUCCCGCCUGCAAUCAUGUCAAGGAGUUCGAGAGCAUGAAGGCGGCCGCUGGACGAGAAGUGGAGGAGUUCAGAUUCGUUCGCCGCGGAGUGGUGGGCAGUCACAAGGAUGAGCUCACCGCCGACAUCAUCCGGGAGUUCGAUCUCUGGUCGGACAUCAAUCUGCGGGACUACAAAUUGAACAUGGAUGACUUUGCCAAUUACAGCAAGUUUGCUUCCACGUAAUUCACCUGUUUUGGUAUAAUAUAUAUUUUGUGUAAUCUUUGUUAAUAGCCUGUAAGCUGUGGUGAUAUAUGUUUAAUAAAUAAUUGCUUCCCCUAUACUAUAGGUAA